AUGCCCCGUCCACAGUUCAUUACGUGCCAACUGUGUGGCAGGGGCUUCGGUUCUGCCUCAAUCAACAUUCACAUUCCACAGUGCUAUGAGAAAGCAAUCAAGCGGUGGCAACUGAAUCCGCAAGGGCCGCGACCAAUCAUGCCACCGCUACGCGGCAAAGCGGCUGCCAAGGCAAGCAACACCGAAUCCUCUGUCAUCGCCAUCACCAGCCAACCCCGCGGCGCUGGCAUCUCAGCUGUCCGAUCCCUGCAGAUGCAGAGUAUGCCACCUGAGAGCGUCGAACCGUCGAGCAUGAAUCUGCACCCAUGCUCCAAGUGCGGUCGUACCUUCAAUUUUGACCGCGUAGCCUACCACGAGAGCAUCUGCAAAGGCGACCGAAAGCGCAAGGUCUUUGACAGCAGCAAGCAGCGGCGCGUCAGCGGCGAGGGGGACGACGCCUACGCUGGUGGUGCCUUCGGCGCCCCGAGUGCGGUCAGGAAGGUUCGAAAGAAGAAACUGGGCAUGACGAACACCACAAGCCGAUAUACCCCUGCCCCUGCCCCACGGACGAAUUGGCGGCAACAGCAUGAGGAGUUCAUUGCGGCCAUCCGCAGCGCCAAACGAGCCGAUGCCGAGGCACGGAACAUGUGGGGCACUGCACCUUACGGCACACUGAGGGGGUCUGCACGUGGCGCUCCCUUCGACAUGCCAUCCUCCGGCUACGGAGGUGGGGCUGGGAUGUCAGUGCGGAGCUCGAUUUCUACUAAACGAGUUCCACCUCUUAUGGCGAAGCAAAAUGAUGCGCGAAAUCAGAACAUUGCAACUGGCGGGCGUGCAGUGAAGGCCAAGGUGGGUGGCGGCAUCCCUGCGCGGAGAACGGGUCAUCCUGCUGGGCGUCCAACUCCGCCUCUUGGACGAGGCAGCUUUGGCGGCAGCGUCGACCGGUUCAAUAGUCGUGGCGGCGUAGGUGGUGGUGGUGGUGGCGGCCGCGUUGCAAACGACAACACGACAAGCCUAGGCAUGCUGCAGGCCAUGGGUAGAGCCUAA